UUGAGUUCAGGCUGGAAGCCCGUCCCAUUCACUGCAUAUCUGUGCAGGUAGGGGAGGAGGAGGAGGAGGAGAAGGAGAAGGAGGCGCACAACCCUUUUGUUACCUGUACCAGACUACCUGGCUGUUGGAAGUUUGUAACAUGCUGUGAGUUUGAGGGACGCUUCAUGUCAGAUUCUGAGUUUGGAUUGGACCCUGCGGAAGGCAGCAGGUUUUUCUACCAUUAAAGGCGCACCAAGGGGGAGAAUAGUUAAUUAGAAUUCACCGUUUAAAAGGGAGGACGAAAAGGAGGCACUUCCUCCAAGAACUCAUUCACCUUUCAAGUGCGAUCAUAUUCCAGCUUUCUUUUCGGACUCUUCUUAGCAUCUCACCUGUUCUGGACGAUGGGUUUAUUGCCGUCGAAGAUCUCCAAGGAGCUUGAUGUGACGGGAACCAGGCGAUAUACGUUCAUCUGGGGGGGGUUAGGAAAGCUGCAGAUGUGAACGUCACUUUGUGUUAACAGUGCAUGGCCUCUGGAUAAAGUGCUACCGAUCAUGCACAAACCCCUCCGAAAGCGGAGUCUCUACGUGUUCCUGUGUUUUGGCAUCAUAUACCUCAGACUCGGGGCCCUGUCCUCGGUGGUGGCUCUGGGCGCCAACAUCAUCUGCAACAAGAUUCCGGGGCUGGCACCUCGCCAGCGGGCCAUCUGCCAGAGCCGCCCAGACGCCAUCAUUGUUGUGGGCGAAGGCGCCCAAAUGGGCAUCAAUGAGUGUCAGUACCAGUUUCGAUAUGGACGGUGGAACUGUUCGGCGCUGGGAGAGAGGACAGUCUUCGGUCAGGAGCUUCGAGUAGGCAGUCGGGAAGCAGCGUUCACCUAUGCCAUCACAGCAGCAGGGGUGGCCCAUGCGAUCACAGCUGCCUGCAGCCAGGGCAACCUGAGCCAGUGCGGCUGCGACCGGGAGAAGCAGGGCUACUACAACCAGGAGGAAGGCUGGAAGUGGGGAGGCUGCUCAGCUGACAUCAAGUACGGCAUCGAGUUCUCACGGCGCUUCGUGGAUGCCCGUGAGAUUAAAAAGACCCCCCGUCGCCUGAUGAACUUGCACAACAACGAGGCCGGCAGAAAGGUUUUGGAAGAAAGGAUGAAGCUGGAGUGCAAGUGUCACGGCGUCUCCGGCUCCUGCACCACCAAGACCUGCUGGACGACGCUUCCGAAGUUCCGUGAGAUCGGCUACGUGCUCAAGGAGAAGUACAACGAGGCCGUUCACGUGGAGGUGGUCCGGGCUAGCCGACUGCGCCAGCCCACUCACCUGAAGGUAAAGCAGACUCAGGGCUACCGAAAGCCCAUGGAGACAGACCUUGUUUACAUUGAGAGGUCACCAAACUACUGCGAGGAGGACGCAGCCACGGGGAGCGUGGGCACCCAGGGACGCCUGUGCAACCGCACUUCGCUACAUACAGAUGGCUGUGACCUAAUGUGCUGCGGUCGCGGCUACAACACACACCAGUACACCAAAGUGUGGCAGUGCAACUGUAAGUUCCAGUGGUGCUGCUUCGUCAAAUGCAACACCUGCAGUGAGAGGACGGAAGUUUUUACUUGCAAAUAAGGCUGCAAGGCAUGUCAUCAUCAGCAGGUGAAACACCAAGGACUAGUUGAAUAAAGACCCGACAGAGCGAGAUAUCCACACGUCUUCAAGCAGUGAGAAAUUGUAUAACUAAACAAAUGGAAUUUACACUAUCAGCUCUUCAUGGCGUUGUUUUGCACACCAGAAUCUAUCUAAUUGCUUUUCAGAAAGUAAUUGCUAAAUAUCAGUAGGUAAUAGCCCAGAACUUUACUGUCAGAUAGGGAUUGUGCUCAUGUUCUGAUUUAUCCACAGUGAAGUUUGGACUGCCCAUAAGGAAAAUGGCCCUCGGUGGGAGCUGUGCUUUGCAGUGUGGGAAAUGUGUCAGUUUUUAAAGUAUUGCACAGAGAUGAACUCAGAGACGCAUAGAAAUCUCAAAAAAAUGACCACAGCUGAUUUAAGGUGAAUGGAAAGAUCUGUCAAAUCUAUGAUUUAAAAAAAACAACUUUUAUAGAUCUUGUUUUUGUUUAUUUCCACUAAAUUAACUGAAUCUUGACUCACACCCUCUAGAUUGUCUAGGUCCGGUGUUAGAGGCCGAGAAAUGAAGAACAUUUUGUAGGUGUGGUGCAAUGUGUUGCACCAAAAUUUGAGUGGAGAACUCUGUUAAAGCCUUUGCUGCCAACUGGAAUACGGUGGAGAAUGUUAGUUUUCCAGUAACACUGGAACUGUCUGUUCUGAACACUGAAAAUAAAUUGUCUAUUUAUGUUAUAGUAUCGUAAAACAAAACACUAACGGGUAGAGAUGUCUUUUUUUGUACUAAAUGUAAUGAAAAAUACUUAGCAUAAACUAUUAGAAAAUGACCACGCCAUUUCUAAGACAUUACAUUAUCUUUUAGAAAAGGAAACAAAAAAGCUUUCAUUUCUACUGUUGUGUUGACAGCAAAAUACAUAAUUCCAGACUUCA